AUGAUAUUUUGGCACCGCGGAAUAAGAUUUCGCUACAGAACAGGUUCCACGGUUGCUGACGUAUCCCCAUUUCGUAAACAAGAGACCAACAUGGCAGCCGCCACAGCCUCGUCUAGCAGCAGUGGAGGAGAGGAAAGUUUGGAAAUGACGGCAAAAAGGAGAAAACCUCUUGCACGUAAGCAGUGCUAUAUGCAUAUAGCUUCUGUGAAGCACGGAGUGACCCAGGAAUUUACCUUCAAACGGUGGAAUACAUUCCGGGACAGUAUCCGACAGUGGCUGCAGUUGAGCGGUGAGAACAGGAGACUAGCCGAAAACUACAAACACUGUUUAGAUUUAGAGUUUGACAAGAUACCUGAGGAUGCUGCCUUCCACCCUGCAUGUUACCGCAGGUUUACGGACAAACUUGCUAUUGAACGAGCGGGAAAGCGUAUGGUGCGCGAGAAAGAAGGGGGAGAUGAAACUCAAGACGCCGCAAGACCCCCCGAAGCUGCCCCCCCCUCCGAAGCUGGCCCCUCAACAUCGGGCAGCACUAAGAGUCUUCGAUCCAGGUCAGCACUGCCUAUGUCCAGCUCAGGUCCCGUCCUUCCUGCCCUGUGCAUUAUAUGUAAAAAAAACCUCAAAUUCGUCUUAAAGGGAGGCAAACGACAAAGGGAAGCUCUUUCAAAAGCUGAGACCUUAACAGCAGGCAAGUUGCAGACUGCUGCUGAGACUAAAGAUGACCACAGUAUUCUGGUACACAUUAAGGACAAAGACUGUGUGGCUCUGGAGGUGCAGUACCACAAGAGCUGCUACCAGCAGUACACCAGAUUUCUGAAUGAGCCUGCUAGACAAGAGAAGGACAAGAAUGAGCCAACAUAUGAAAUAAGCUACAAGGCGUUCUGUGAGAGGAUCAUCCGGCAAAGGCUGAUUAUCAACCAGGAGGUGCUGAGAAUGGCCCAUCUGAGAAAGAAGUUCAUUGACAUGGUGAAGUCAAUCGAAGGCCUUGAUGCAUCAAGCUACAGACAGGACACUUUGAAGAGGAGACUUCACAGUGAUUUCCCUCAGCUGGUGUUCCACACCCCUGCCAAGCGUAACAUCUCUGAAAUGGUUUUUGCAGAGACUCUGUCGACAGAAACUGUCUUGGACAUGGUACCUUCAGGUGCUGAAACCACACAGUCUAGCGAGAUGAGCCAGACAGACAGCGAGACAGAACCAAGGUUCCAAACGACCACAGACGACACAAGGACACUGUACACAGGAGCGUUGUUUUUGAAAAGACUGCUUACCGACACUCCUGGCAUGUCCUGUCCAUGGCCUCCCACCGCAGAAGACUUGAAUGUCAAUGAAGCACAAGCUGUUGUUCCUCCUGAACUUUUCAAUUUUGUUAGUUGGAUUAUAGGUGCCGCUGAGGAGCCAACACUGGAACGUUUUGUCCCCAUUGCCGAGGACUUGCAUUUAAAAGUGCUUUCUGUUUGUCAGGACAUUGUGUACCUUGCUUCCAAGGGCCGUAAACAGACACCUAAGUCCCUGUGUUUAGGCUUAACUGUUCGGCACUUAACAGGGUCUUCACGCAUUGUGUCACUGCUGAACAAACUGGGACAUUGUGCAUCAUGGGACACAGUGUUGAGCCUAGAUACCAGCCUUGCCCAACUGACACUGACCGAGGGCACUGACAAAGUUCCAAAAGGAUUUGCAAAGAGGGAACCCACAACGCUUGUGUGGGACAACAUUGACUUUGGGGAGGAGACUUUAUCAGGCCGUGGAACCACACACCAUACCAAUGGAAUAAUGCUGCAGCGUUCUGCUAGUGUCACCAUGUCCACUGACAUCAGACAGCCUCUGAGAAAGGGAGUUUCCUCCUUCAAAGCUCCCGCCCAAAUCCCCAUAGAGCCAUACCAUCAGUCCAAAAGGCAAGGCCCAUGCAACCUGAGUCAGGUAAUGGAGGCAGAGGCAUGCAAAAUGGACACCCACUUUGCUGCACAAGCUGAACUGGCAUAUGUUUUCGUGAGGUCCUUGGAAGGAAGUGCAAUCCCAAGCUGGACAGGGUUCCAUACACUGCUGCAAGGUGAAAACACACUACCAAAGUCUGCACUGUCUUAUCUCCCAGUCAUUGAGGCGUCACCAACAGAAAUGUCAACUGUCAAUAAUAUACUGAAGCGGAGUGUCCACAUUGCUGACCAGCUUGAACUGGAUAAUAUAGUGUUGGUUUUUGACCAAGCCAUAUAUGCCAAAGCACAGCAAAUCCGCUGGAAGACUGAUGACCUUAUAAACCGUUUAGUCAUUAGACUAGGUGAAUUCCACACUGCCAUGUCUUAUCUGGGUGUGUUAGGCAAAAGGUUUGGAGAUGCAGGACUCCAAGACAUACUCAUUGAAUCAGAAGUGGUUGCCCCAGGAUCCAUCAAUGGAGUCAUUAAUGGACAUCACUACAACCGCAGCAUGAGGGCCCACAAACUUCUGUAUGAGAGCCUGGAGCGCAUCAGAUUCAUCACCUUCUUGGAGUCCUUGUCGCAUCAGGAGAGAGCCGAAUACGUGCAUGUUGUCACGGAAAUGAAACAUGCCUUUCCAGACAGCUUGAUAGACAUUUUGAGUGGAGAGCCGAAGUUUCAGACUAUGUGCACAACAUACGCCGACUAUGUGCAGAGGAGAAGUGUGGACUGUCCAACAUUUGCUUUCUGGAGCUCAUACAUUGACAUGGUGCAGCUACUCCUCCUGUUUGUCAGAGCAACCCGGGAGUCAGACUGGCGACUUCACCUGGCAACAGUGAGGUUGAUGAUGCCCUGGUUCUUCGCGUAUGACAAAGUGAACUAUGCUCGGUACCUGCCAGCAUACUGGCUAGAGAUGGUGAACCUGCCUGUUACACACCCCUCUUGCCACAGUGACAUUACUGUGAAAGGUCAGUGGACUGUGCAGCGGCAAAGUGCCUAUGGAUUUGCCUCCAUCGCCUGUGACCAGGCCAUCGAACAGACCUGCAACAGAGAUGCCAAAACCAAAGGUGGCUGGACAGGCAUAACACAGAAUCGGUCUGCAGUACACCGGUGGAUACUGUCACAACACGAAAGGGCAGCAAUAGCAAGGCAAUGUGAAACCAUGGCAGGGAUAUAUACAGAAGUGCGCACAAGAAAAGACCUUGACACGGCACGAAUCGAUGCUGAUGAAAGAGCUGUCGGCAGAAUAAUUUCAACCAUUGAUUCCAUGCUGAACCCUUUUGAUACAAACCAAGAACACAUCGUGUGUCUGAGCUCUGGAAGAGUAGCAACUGAAGACAUAACCAAAGAUUUGCUAAUGGCCUCAGAAAAGGGUGAAGCUGCCACACAAGAGUUUAUGGACCAGAGACUGUUGUCCGAUUCAGUUGACAUCUUUGCACCCAUGAAGUCCCAAAAACUAAAGACUUUCAGUGACCAGGCUAAGGCCAAAAAGAAAUCUGCAGCUGGCAAGGAAGUGAUUUUGCGUGCUGACAAGAAGCUGUUUUCCAGGCUCCUCAUCCUAGGUCAAAGCAGGAAGAUUGAGAUGAGGGAAAUUCUGUCCUACUCCCUGGGAACUGUGUCCUAUCCUUUGGCCAGUGCUGAUGGUUCACUGGCUAAAACAAACAAAUCUGCUCUAAUGGAUCUUCUAGAGAGCAAAGGUGGAGACUGCUUAGUUGGAAAUGUUCCAGCAGAUGGUGCCAUUCUUUUUGAUGGCAUGGCAGUUAUUCAAGCUAUUAGAUCCAGACCAGGAACCUUUGGAGAGCUUGCAGAGACCAUACUGCAGUACAUCAUUCAACUGUCAUUGCAGCAUAGGUGUUCUCGCAUCGACUUUGUCACUGACCGAUACCCACAGAUCAGCAUUAAGAACCUAGAAAGGUCAUGUCGAGCUGAUGGAGGAUCACAACGCAUGCAAAUCUAUGGCCCAGACCAGAGGACCCCAACCCAGUGGAAAAGGUUUCUCUCUGAAGGAGCAAACAAAGAGGCGCUGGUGGACUUCCUAUAUGAUGCAUGGACAAAUGCUGACCUUAGAGCAGUUGGCAAAAACUUCUCCUUGUACAUCACACAUCAGGAUCAAUGUCACUGUGUAACAGUAAUGGGGGGUGCACAGUCUGUUCAUGCGGUUGAAGCCCUGCAGUGUGAUCAUGAGGAAUGUGACACGAGGAUCUUUUUGCAUGCACAACAUGCUGCACAGGAGCAUGCAACUGUCAUCAUUAAGAGCCCUGACACUGAUGUGGCAGUCAUUGCUGUAAGUCUGCAGAAAGACUUACCAUGCACCUUAUACUUUUCCACGGGGACGGGCAACAGAGCACGCAUCAUUGACAUAAGCAAGGUGUCAUCAGCUCUCGGCGACAGUGUGUGUUCAGCCUUGAUUGGGAUACACACAUUCACAGGGUGCGACUCCACGAGUGCCUUUUAUGGCAAAGGCAAGAGAAAGACAUUUGCUGUGGCGUGUGAGAAAGAUGACUUCCUGAAGGCCUUUAAACAUCUGGGAACUGACUUCAACCUGGAGCCCUCCACUUUUGCCCUACUUUGCAAAUAUGUGUGCCACUUGUAUGAUCAGCGAGCUACUGAUAGUGUCAACGAGGCUAGGUACAAGGCUUUUUGUUUGGCAUCAUCAGCCUUGCCAGAGUUAUCCAUUCCCCCAACAAAUGAUGCCCUCCAUCAGCACAGCAAAAGGGCAAAUUACCAGGCUGCAAUAAUGAGGUCAUGUGUGAAAAAAAACAUAGGUGCACCAUCACCUGCUGGAAACGGGUGGCAUGUUGAAGAUGGAAACCUACAGGUCACCUGGAUGACACAGAAUCCAGCCCCUGACUCAGUUUUACACAUGAUCCACUGUGGGUGCAAAGAAAGUGCCUGUCAGACUGGCAGAUGCUCUUGUGUCUCUGCAGGAGUCUGUUGCAUGGACUUGUGCAGGUGUAGCAGUUGCUCAAAUAUGAAGGAGACAGAGGACAAGGAAGACGACCAGUGCCCUGACAGUGAUGACGAGGAGUAGCACCUGACUGAAUGUUAUAGUGUGUUUGUGUGUGUGUGUCUUCCCCCCCUCUCUCUUUCUCUGUCACUGACACCUAGGUCAUUGCCUGGAUGCUGACCUGCCUUUUUGCACCAUGCCACAGGACUUUAUAUAUAUAUAUAUAUAU